CCGACGGGAACGUCGCAGGACGUCGUCCAAGUGCGCGCGCGGACAGCCACUUUUUUUUAAUUUUUUUCCACCCUCUCGAGUGAAGCUUGCUGGUGCACCUGCUGGAUAGGACAGCGAGCGCGGGAUAUGAGCUACACCGAACCGCUGUGGGAGAUCAAUGGGAAUCAAGCACCAGUAAUCACUGCGGAGAUGUCGCAAUACGUCGGCGGUGAGAUCGGCAGCUACCCGAUGUGGGACGGUUCGGUUUUGUACCAGGCGCAGCCGCCUACUCAUCCGCACGUGAACGAGCACGGACUGUACAGGCAACCCUGCGCGUUGUUGCACCAAAGUCGUUACACACCGAACGGCCGUUCGCCGAACCUGCCGUCGUCGACGACGAAGAAGCCGAGGCGUCGAGUGGCGACGGUGUCGCAGAGGAGAGCCGCGAAUAUCCGGGAGAGGCGUAGGAUGUUCAACCUGAACGAAGCCUUCGAUAAACUUCGCAGAAAAGUGCCCACGUUCGCUUACGAGAAACGGCUGUCGAGGAUCGAGACGCUGCGUUUGGCGAUCACGUACAUCGCUUUCAUGGGCGAGCUGCUCGGUAUCGAGCCGAGUAGCCCGAAGCAGGAGUACAUACCGCGAGAAUAUUACCUGCCGAACUGAAUCUCACGUCUACUUCGGCUACUUUGACGAACCGGGGCUCGACGUGAUCACAACACGAGGUCGCGUCUCCUUCAACAGCAUGGCGCGCCUCAUCAACGCUCGCUUCCGACCGACGAAACUGACGAUUAAUAAACGAGUCUUCCAUUAUUGAUUAGUGUCAUAAGGGUUAAGUGACGAGACGCGAAUGUCACGUACGUGAUACUCGUUCUCCCAUGCCGGAACUCCUCCGGUUCGAGCGUUGUCCCCGAUCCUUUCGAUACUCUCGCGAUCUCCUCGCGUUUCCUCCGAGAAUUGACGGGAAAAUAUAAAAAAAACGAUUCUCCUCGUUCCCGGCGAUAAAAUAUUUCCGAGUUUCCCCGCGGGAUGUAUCGAAGGGAUUAAAAUCUGUCGAUCUGACCUUCUUCUAUUCCUGUAUUAUGUGGCCAACGGUCUCGUAACGCUUCAUCGUCGCGAUUAUCGCGAACCUUUAUGCGAUUAGAGGAGUUGACUACCGAUAUUAAGCGACAAUAUCAGAUUAAACUUCUCUGUCUUCCAUUAUUCGUAAGAUAUUAUAUACCAUAAAAUGACGUUGGAACUGUAUUUGCAGCGGAGUUGGAAAAUUGUCAUAUUGGUGUCUUCGAUGUGGAGCAAAUUAAUCCGAAGACUUGUAAUAUUAGAAUUAACGGUAAUGUGAAAAUUAACAAAUUGACUUUCUCCGAUAUUGGGGAAAACGUUUUUUUUAUUCGUCUGUUCGCGCGAAAUUACCCUUGCAAUAACACAGUGAAGCUACGUUUCACACUGCUGCAAAUACUCAACGAUUUUAACAAGAAUGAUGACCGGACGAUUACUGCGUGAAAAUAAAUGGGUGUAGUGUAAAAAUAAGUUAAAAUAAAGUUGAAUAAUAAUACCAUCCGACAACUAUCUUGCAGCGGUUGCAACAACAAAUUGAAGAAGACGACGAAAUAGGUUUCAAGUAAUGAUCGUAGAACCCUCUUCUCCUUAC